GGGGGUGGGGGGUGGGGGGGGAGGGCGAGCGAGCCGCGGCUGCCACGCGAGCUUAGACUUUGGGAGGCUUCUAUCCUUUUCUGUUCCUGGAAAUCACAAAAAGUGGGGUGGCUUCCCGAUCUUCUUUGCCUUUUCUUUCUUUUUCUUUUCUUUUUUUCCCCCCUUUCCUCCUCCUCCCUUUCCCCUCUCCUUUCCUGGCGAGGGAGACUAGGAGCCGGCGAAUCCGCGUUUUUUUCCUCUCUCUCCCUCUCUCUCUCUCUCUCCCUCUCUCUCUCCCUCCCUUUUCCCCCUCCCCACCCCCUCCCCACCAGCCCCCAACUACAGCCUCCGCCGCCGCCGCCGCCUCAAAAUUCAAUAAAAUGAGCUCUUAUUUCGUCAACUCACUGUUCUCCAAAUACAAAACCGGGGAGUCCCUGCGCCCCAAUUAUUAUGACUGCGGCUUCGCCCAGGAUCUGGGCGGCCGACCCACCGUGGUGUACGGUCCCAGCAGCGGCGGUAGCUUCCAGCACCCGUCCCAAAUUCAGGAGUUCUACCACGGGCCAUCGUCGCUGUCCACGGCUCCCUACCAGCAGAACCCGUGCGCCGUGGCGUGCCACGGAGACCCGGGCAACUUCUACGGCUACGACCCGCUGCAGCGCCAGAGCCUGUUCGGAGCGCAGGACCCAGACCUGGUGCAGUACGCAGACUGCAAGCUCGCCGCCGCCAGCGGCCUGGCCGAGGAGGCCGAGGGCUCGGAGCAGAGCCCGUCGCCCACCCAGCUCUUCCCCUGGAUGCGCCCGCAAGCCGCCGGACGCAGGCGAGGCCGACAGACCUACAGCCGCUACCAGACCCUGGAGCUGGAGAAGGAGUUCCUAUUCAAUCCCUAUCUGACUCGCAAGCGGCGGAUCGAGGUGUCGCACGCGCUGGGACUGACAGAGAGACAGGUCAAAAUCUGGUUCCAGAACCGGAGGAUGAAGUGGAAAAAAGAAAACAACAAAGACAAGUUCCCCAGCAGCAAAUGCGAGCAGGAGGAGCUGGAGAAACAGAAGCUGGAGCGGGCCCCGGAGGCGGCGGACGAGGGCGACGCGCAGAAGGGUGACAAGAAGUAAGGGGGGGUCUCCAGCUGGGACUGCCAAGGUCGGGGCUGCCCGCCACGUCCGCGGAUCCCGCGAUCACGCCGCCGCCGCCGCCCGCCCGCCCCCCCCACCUCGGAGAGCUCUGGUCCCGCGAGCCGGGCCAGGAGCUGGGCCUCCCACCGCAGCGUCCCCCGCCGCGCCAGUCCCCGCUAGUGGUAGUUUCUCGUAAUAGCUUCUGUGUGUGAGCUACCGUGGAUCUCCUUUCCUUCUCUUGGGGGCCGGGGCGGGGGGGGGGGGGGAAGGAUUUGAAGCAAGGACUCCCUCGACCUGAGAGGGUGAGGGGCUGCGGCCCGGCUGAGCCCCCGCCCCCCGCCCCCCGCCCCGUGUAAAAAGCCUCCUUGUGCAAUGGUUCUUUUCUGUUUGUUUUGUUUUGUUUUUUUCCUUUGAACGUGCUUCUUUGUAAUGACCGAGGUACCGAUUUCUGCUGAGUUCUCCCAACAACAUGAAACUGCCUAUUCACGCCGUAAUUCUUUCUGUCUCCCUCUCCCUCUUUCAGAUUUUCUCUUCUCUCUCCUCUCUCUCUCACGUCCCCUCUCUACCCCUCUCCCCCCCGCUGCCCUCCCUAGCUCGCUGGCUUUCUCUCUUUCGCUGGCUUUUCUCUCUUCUCUCCCCCACCCCUUUGGUUUGACAAUUUCGUCUUAACUGUUUCUCAAAAGAGAUUACUUUAGUUAGCAUGCGCGCUGUGGCCAAUUGUUAAAAGUGUUCUUAGGUUUACUGUGAAGAGAAUGUAUCCUGUAUCCGUGAAUUGCUUUAUGGGGGGGGAGGGAGGGCUAAUUAUAUAUUUUGUUGUUCCUCUAUACUUUGUUCUGUUGUCUGCGCCUGAAAAGGGCGGAAGAGUUAAAAUAAAAGUUUACAAGCG